AUGCGAUCAUCAUUGUACUAUGAAAUUUCACUCCAUAUUAAAGGACACAAGAGUGUAAAGGACUGCAUGAAAUCUUACCUAGCAGCUGAAGUACUGGAUGGAGAGAACAAGUACUUUUGUGAACAUUGUAAUACAAAACAAUGUGCCGAGCGCUUUCUUGAACUAAAACCACGAGCUCUACCGCAAACUUUAAUGGUACAGCUCAUGCGAUUUGUCUACGAUGUGAAUGCUGGACGGAAGAAAAAGUUGACGGAUGUAAUUGAGAUCAAUGAGACACUGAACAUGACAGAGUUGCUGCGUUGUUGUGGUCACGCAGAAGCGUUUGACGAAUCCGAAGAUGUUGUUUAUCGCUUACAGGGCUACUUAAAUCAUCGUGGAAAAAGUGCACAUGUGGGACACUAUACCGCUUCUAUAGCAUUACCAAAAUCUCAAAUGUCUUGCAGUGGAGAUGACACGGAAGUUGUGUGGUUUGAAUUUGACGAUGCAAUAGUGAGUGAUAUGGCCAAGUCCGAGGCGACAAAAGAGUACAGUCACGGUAAAAAAAUAAUUUGCUCGCGCGACAUAUACAUGCUUAUGUAUGUUCGAGAUGAUAAAGCGAGCGACGAAAGCACUAGCAACACCAUGUUCAACCGUUACGACAGUGCCACAGAGGUCCCGCUGCCCUCAAAAAUGUGUCGUGAAGAAGUAGAGGCACGCAAUAGGGCUUUCAAAAUUGAAGUAGAUGAGUACGUUAGUAAGGCGAAUGGCAUGAAGGUCCGAAUCCAGGAGCGACUUGACGCAUAUGAACACUUUUUCGAAAAAAAUCAUCCAUAUCCCGAUUCAUCUGCUUCUCAUUUCUACUGGGUGGACACGGAAUGGUUACGUUGUUGGGUGACCGGUGAGGAACACGAUAGGUUUAGCAUGCCGUCGCAUUCGUCACACGUGACAGGGGAAGCGUUUGCAACCAAACCAUUGCCAAAUGUGCCAAACUCGAACGCGGGUGAGAGAUUGGGAGACCAACGUUACGAUGACGAUAACUACGUGACAGUUGAUUCGACUGAUGUGGAUGUUGUGUGUGUGAAAGCAAAGGAUGUUACUGAUGAAGGUGAGGAUCCUACAGCUUUAAAUGGAUGUGCGGCUGACGACAUGCUUAGUCGAGCACAUUAUAAGGAUGGUAAUGCGAAAAUGGUUGGCGAGAUGAUGUCGUCAGUUUCUCCUCUUUCGCUUCCUCCAGGUGCAGGUGCUGCAAUUGACACGAAUGCUAUCGAGUUGCAUGAUGCCGCGAUACCAUUUACAAAGCCAAUUGAUGUAACACCUUUUAGAUGUGCACACUCAAGUGAUUUUGACGCUAAGGCAUGUGAUGUGAAGGAACUCCGCCAACCUACACUUCGCUUUGCGCCAGAGAAUGCGAUUAGGCUGAAGCGGAUAUCUGCAGAGCUGUUUGCAUACUUUCGAGAGAGUUGUGUUGAAUCUCAGGUUGGUUCAUGGUCUUCAGUGAGCAGUGCACAAAUGAAAGUAUUUGAAUCACCAACUUAUCGUUGUACCAUUUGCGAAAAGGAUUUUUGCAACAAACUCCUGAAUGACGCCAAUCGUUUGAAAGAAGUUAAUUACGAGCUUGGACUGCUGAUGGGCUCCCCUGCAAGUGUGGCGGCGGUGGUUGCUGCCGGAAAGUACUAUUUGAUGAGCCGGGCAUGGAUUAAAAGCUAUAAAAACCACCUCCAGAUGUUGCAUAAGGAGCUUUCGCACGUAGCUGAUACGAGCAAGAAAGAGAGAAAACUGUUUACAUCCAUGAAGCUCAAUGAUGUUUCCGCGUCUUCGAGGGACGGAAACUUCAAUGGAAAUGAUAGUACAAGCGCAAGAGAUGAUGCAUUACAAGUGUGGCAAAGGCCUAUCAAUGAAGAUAUCACUUGCCUUCAUGGCAAUCGUACGUUGGAAAAGCGAACAUAUCGGCCCGUAUCAGCAGAGACAUGGUCGUACUUUAGUGCCAAAUUUCCAUACCGUGCCAAGUACGCUGGAUCGGCAACAGACCCUUGCUCGCAAUGUGAGAGCGACGAAAUGGCUAGCAAGGCCUGCAUCCAGAUUGAGCGAAACAUGCGUGAUGAUAUUUUGUCAGAUGCUGCUUUGGAGUCGUUGUAUCGUCGAAAGCCUAAAAGGGACUCCAUGCGACUUAGUGAUGUCUUUGAGCUGCCCGCUGCACAGCGCGGCAGUGGGCUGGAGAAAACAUCGUGGAGUGAACCAGACGCAACGCAAAUAUCACGACGAAUGUUUCUAGUAUCUCGUCGCUGGCUAGCGCAGUGGAGAGCGUACAUUCGCAACGUGGAGGAAGAUUCGCCGUUGUCCUUGACGAUGUCGUCUCUAUUGUGCACGCAUCAAAAGUUGGUAUUGCCUUCAGGAUUGUUGGCAGCGCAGCAGGGACAAGUUGUCGAUACAAGCUCGUUAGAAGUAGAGUUUGUGUCUUUAGACGAGAUGCAGGCUCUUGCUGAACGUUACGGCGACCCGGAUAUGCCGUUUUAUUACGGUCUUCUCGCUGCAACUGUUCUUUCGGGGUCUGCUGAAGAGGGAUUGCAAGUGAUGUGGCGCAAAUGCUCCCUCUCUUCUUUGAAAUAUGGAAAUGAGCGUGUUGUUAACAGCAAAGACUGCACUGAUGGCGUCGUGCCGUUGGCAUAUCAAGAUACAAAUGACGAGAUCGUUAUUUGCGCGGAAUGUCAGGCGAAUUUAGACCAAAAACAUCGUGAUGAGCUCGAGAAUUUUUCGAAUCGUAUGAUCAACAUCCGGCAGCUCCAAAAUGACGAUCAACUUGUACAAAUCACAAGUGAGCGCAUGGCUUUUGAUGCAACGAUUCCAGGUCGACGGCGUUCCCGACGCAGUCGCCCAGGCUCAGCAUAUACGUGGCCCGUCUUGGCGAAUGCUACCGAUACCGUCUACAUAUUGAAGGCGAAAAUCUACGAAGAGUUUGAUGCACUUCCUAUACGACAAGGAUUAUAUUUCAAGGGUGAAGUGCUGGAUAAUCACUCUACGCUCAAACAAUGCGGGAUUAAAGCUGGAGACAUUGUUUACAUGAGGUUAUCGGAAGAUAGUGCUGACGACCUUGUGAUGGACGAGAGUUUAGAACGUGAAGUUGGAUUUAUUGACUCGGUCUUUCACUCGUCGACGGACGCAAUGAAGAUAUCGACUAUAGCUCCACCAGAUACGAGUGGAGAUGAAGCUCUUGCUCUUGCUAUGGUGAAUAAUCAAGACACUCAAGUCUGGGUAUGCCCUGUAUGUACAUUUGUCAAUGAUGACACGUACUGUGAAAUGUGCUCGACGUCGAAAGAUGAUGAUGAUGAUGGAAGACAUUGUCGCUCGAAUAGCUAA